AUGGCGGCAGGGUACCUCGAGGCUUUUGAUGGUGGGGGUGGUGGUGGUGGUAUAUUGGACUUGGCGUCAUCAAACACCUGCACCGUCUGCGCCGUCUGCUCCGGAGUGGCGGCGGCAAAUGGCCCCGAACUCGACAACCAGGCGUCCAGGCUGGAUUUCCACCGUGGGGGGCGGCUGGUGUCUCUUGGUAUCGGUCCGGCUUCGGCGACUGUCAUGUGUGUGGACAAGGCAGCCGACGGGGUCGGGCGGUCAGCUGAAGAGCACGGUGGUGAUGGGUGUUUGUGUUGA